GCGGUUGCGAGGCAGUGAGCGGCGGGUCCUUGCCUCCUCCCCCGCGCCCCUUUCCUCCCGCCAUAUAAAGCCGCCGCCGCAGUUGGGCCCUGAGCGCUGCCGCCGCCGCCAGGUCCAGUCAGCGCGGAGUCGGACGCCACCGCCGCCUCACGAUGCCUUCAAUUAAACUACAGAGUUCAGAUGGAGAAAUCUUUGAAGUUGAUGUUGAAAUUGCAAAACAGUCUGUAACUAUAAAGACUAUGCUGGAAGAUCUGGGAAUGGAUGAUGAAGGUGAUGAUGACCCAGUCCCUCUUCCAAAUGUUAAUGCAGCUAUCUUAAAAAAGGUGAUUCAGUGGUGCACCCAUCACAAGGAUGAUCCACCUCCUCCUGAGGAUGAUGAGAACAAAGAAAAAAGAACAGAUGACAUCCCUGUGUGGGAUCAAGAGUUUCUGAAAGUAGACCAAGGAACGCUUUUUGAACUUAUCCUGGCUGCAAAUUACUUGGACAUCAAAGGUUUGCUUGAUGUCACAUGCAAGACAGUUGCAAACAUGAUCAAGGGGAAGACUCCAGAAGAAAUUCGCAAGACAUUCAAUAUUAAGAAUGACUUCACUGAGGAGGAGGAAGCACAGGUACGUAAAGAGAACCAGUGGUGUGAAGAGAAGUGAAGUACUGUGCCUGACACUCGAACACUGUAAGGAUUGUUCCAAAUACUAGUUGCACUGCUCUGUUCAUAAUUGUUAAUAUUAGACAAAUGCAGCAGCAAAUGAAGUUGUGUUAGCAGGAUAUUGUUCCCUUUGCAUGUGUAGUGUUUUUUGAGUACAAAUUUAAAUCUUCUGAGUUUUUAUUAGUGUAAUUAGAUGUCUUUUUACUUUACUCUGCAAUGAAUAAAACUGAACUAAGUGUGGAUUCUGUAUGGAAAGUAGCACUUCAGCUGUUCAAGUCCAGUUACAGUGCUAAGGAUUGACUCCAUUGUAAAUAAAAACACCUAUGACUUCUCCCUCAAGAAGAACAAAACACUUGUAAUUACAGGGUAUUGAUAUCUUCAGAAAGAAAAACAAACUAGAAUGUGUCUUGGGGCUUGGGGAGCUAGGUAAAGUUAAGUUACUGGAUUUUUUCCAAAAACAUUGUGGGGAAAAUUAGUGUUACUUAAAGCUAUAUAACUUUCAAGAUGGUUCUUGUCCUGCAUUUAAAAAAAAAAGGAAAAAAUAUUUGACCACUUUCUUGUCCUGUUAGUCUUGCCUUAUAGACAAGUGAAAAUGUGAUCUAGCACUAAGCAAGCUCCUGACAGUUAAAUUUUAAUACUUCAACCAUGUCUUGAAGACCUGCCUCUAGCUGGUAGCAAGUGAAAAGUGUGUUGCUUUAUGCACAGGAUGGAUGUGUUUUUAUACAUGCUACUGUGGAAAGUGGAAUCCAGAUUUGACCAAAAAUGACUGACACUACCAAAGUUAAUAUUAUUGACCUGUGCAUGUCAUUAGUGGCUGGUUUUUAGGCAAUUUUAAACAACCCUUGUGAUGUAGCUCUUUAAAACAUGGUUUCAUGUGUCCACAGGAAAUCUUACGCCUCUGUAUGCGAUACUUCAGCUUGUAGAGACUUAACUAUUGCAUACAAAGCUAAUGCAAUAUCAAGCUUAACUUCUUUGGACAAAGCCACUUGCAACUAGUUAAACAGUAACUGGUUUUCUGAUUUUUUUUAAUUUUUUUUUACAGUUCCCUUAUAGGGAGUAGGGGAUGGUUGUGUUAGAUCUUUGAGGUGUGCUCUUAGCUUGUAUUGCAUUCCAUUCUCUGUAUAAACCUUAGAGUAGAGUGAACCUUAAUAAACAUUACUUAUCUCACUUUAAAUAACAGUGUUUCACUUCUGAAUUAAUAAAGGGCUUUUAAACUUU